AUGGCCGAAGAACAGCCGAUAGAGAUCGUGACAGCCUCGAUGGCUUCCACCACCCUCACCACCACAGAUUCCUCGCCUCAGCCGUCUCAGUCUUCCACUGCCGCCUCUCCGCUAUUGCCUUUGCUCCCUGCAAGAGUCGCAGUCGUUCCCAAGAAGACCGGCACUUUUUUCGAGCACUUGGAGGAUGAGCAAAAGGUCAACAUGAGUGUCAUUCUCUGCACAGCUGGCUAUGACCACACUAUCCGGUUCUGGGAGGCUCUCUCGGGCAUCUGUUCUCGAACGAUCCAACAUCCCGAAUCGCAGGUGAACCGACUAUGCAUUACCCCGGACAAAAAGUACCUAGCUGCAGCCGGCCGGCACAUGGUGCGCCUCUACGACAUCAAAUCGAGCAAUCCUAAUCCGAUCAUGCAAUUCGAGGGCCACACAAACAACAUCACUGGGGUCGCGUUCCAUUGCGAGGGCAAGUGGAUGGUGACCAGUUCUGAGGAUUCCACUGUAAGAGUUUGGGACACACGAUCAGGCCAGAUUCAACGCAACUACCAACACACUCACCCGGUCAAUGAUGUUGUCAUCCAUCCAAACCAAGGUGAAUUGGUCAGCUGCGAUCGCGGUGGAAACAUUCGCAUCUGGGAUCUGGGUGAGAGUAAAUGCACACACCAACUCGUCCCAGUCGAGGAUGUCUCCAUGGCCAGUGUGAGCGUUGCUAGUGAUGGAUCUCUGCUCGCCGCAGGCAAUAACCUCGGUGAUGUCUACAUCUGGCGCAUGUACCAAAAUCACGACUCGACCACCCUCUUGCCAUGCCGCGUCUUCAAGGCCCACAAGGACUAUUUGACUCGCUUGCUACUGUCCCCAGAUAUUAAGUUGCUGGCGACAUGCAGUGCCGACCACACAGUUCGGAUUUGGAGAAUCGACAUGAACGAAGAACACCUCGAAGUCAUUCCUGAGUCAGAGAACCAAGCGGACGGUGCGAACCCAGCCAUGUCGCAGGGCCAGCCAAAUCUCAAUGGCAAGUUAGGUGAUUCACAACCAGCAGCAAACCCUGUUGUGCCCGGCGAACCAUCGACUUACUUUCAAUCGCAAUCAACCGGUAGCUUGAACUCUGUCUCACAGUCGAUGUCGGCAUCCUCAUUCCGUGCAUUGAGCGACUUGAUAACCACACGUCGUCCUCUUCCUUGCAACGCAGUGUUGGACAAUCACCAGCGCUGGGUGUGGGACUGUGCAUUCAGUGCUGACUCGGCCUACCUGGUGACCGUCUGCAGCGACCAUUAUGCUCGUCUUUGGGAACUGGCUACCGCUAGUAUCAUACGACAGUACAAUGGCCAUCACCGUGGCGCUGUUUGCGUUGCUCUCAACGACUACUCCAACCCACCAUAG